AAACAGAGGGGCGCUGUUAAAUGUCCUCUCCAAUUUUUGUUAAUUUUUAACAAUUUCUGCUUCUAAUUAUUAACAUCAUCACAUUUUAACUUUGUUUGUUGAUAAAUAAAGUGUAUAACAAAGUCUGACACUUAAAUAUGUAAUCGAAUUUUGUGGCACGUUUAUAUUGAUUAUCAACAAUAGGUACAGGAGUGAAUUAAGUCUUAAUUAAUUUCCAACGUUAUAUUGUAUUGUAUUUAUUAACAUCAAUGAUGAAGCCAUUUUCCUGCACAGUCAAGGAAUGUGAAGCCACAUUUACUACAGAAGACCAUUUAAGUGUACACAUAAAGAAACAUGAACUGAUGUUGAAUUGCAAUCUGGCGAAUAAGAAUUGCGUUAUUGCCGAUCAAACACCAACACCAACUAGAUUCUUAAAAAAUUGUGAUGAAAUGGGACUGUUUCAAGAUUUACAGAUUGUAAAUCCAUUCGAGGAAAUGUUUAAAAAAGCAACAGAAAACGGGAAACAUGAAACUUUACAAGUUGAAACUACAAAUGAUGAUACACUUCAUACACCUAAAAUAUUGCCACUUGUACAAGGUUCACAACAACAAAUGUCCGAGGUUAAGAUGAUUCCAAGCCCACAAUUCCUUUCAAUUUCUAUACCAGACAAUUCCAUUCCGGUGCUUGUUAUAAAUGAUAAUGAUGCAUAUGAAACUAGUCAAGUAACAGAGAAACAAAAUGUUAUGGAUACCACAACAUCACAGCCAAUUCAGGUAGAACAAACAAAGAGAGGCAAAGACAUGUCUGCUUCUAAAAAAGAGCAGAUAAAAGAAAUGAAUAGGGCAGCACAAUAUCGAUGCAGACAAAGGAAAAAGGAGGAAAUGAAAAACUUUUUUAAAGUAUUUAAGCAACGGCAAGAUAGUUAUGAAAAAUUGCUUAGAGAAAGAAAUUAUUUAAUGCAAGAGAAUAUCAGGCUGAGGGAGAAAGUUAUAGUGCUGACAAAAAAAUUAGAAGAUCGUAAUGGUGUUGCUGUUGAAACACUGAAUGCACAAAAUACAUCACCCAUUCUUAUCAAAGUUAUGCCACCUAUUGUCCAAACUAAAGUUUUAGUGGAAACCACUUCCUUUGAAGAUAAUUCUGUUUUACAUGAUGGUACAAGUAAAUAUAGGAAGAUAAUUCCCAAAAAAUAGAUAAUCUUCUGUAUUGAUUUAUGAGAUUUGUCUGUGAUAUAAUCUUGAAAUUUUAUAUUAUAUUGGUUGUUUAAACUUGAUGUAAAUGUUUAUUUAUUCUGUGUUCUAAUAAAUGUAUUUUUAUUAGUAAAAGUUUUGAUUUUUAA